GGGGGAGGGGAGGGAGGAGGAGGAGGAGGCGGGCCUUCCUCCCCAUGAGGAAGGUGGUUCCUGCGUUCCAGGUCACCUCCCAGUUCCUCGGUUCCAGGACUGCCCCGCAGAGUCUUAGAAACUAACAUGGUGGAGUGGAAAGAAGGGCGAAAGGUUGUCAGAAGUCAGGUGUACUUUUGACUCGUUUAUUUUUUAUUUGUUUAUUUUUAAAAUUCACUUAUUCAUGAGAGACACAGAAGAGGCAGAGACCCAGGCAGAGGGAGAAGCAGGCUCCAUGCAGGGAGCCCGAGGUGGGGCUCGAUCCCAGGACCUGGGGGUCACAUCCUGGGUCGAAGGCGCUGCUAAACCACUGAGCUUCCUGGGCUGCCCCUUUUGACUCAUGUAAUUCAGCUUUAUCACUUAAAGCAAAGGAGAACCUUCCUGGGCCCUUCAUUUUUUGUCUCCUUAUAGGAGACACGGCUGUAUUACGUGUGUAUUAAAAGAACUUACGGAUUGCUGAUUAACAGGCAAUUUGGGAGAGUGAGAGAGGCAGAGACACAGGCAGAGGGAGAAGCAGGCUCCAUGCGGGGAGCCCAAUGCAGGACUCGUUCCCGGGAUCCCAGGAUCACGCCCUGGGCCGAAGGUGACGCUAACCACUGAGCCACCCGGGCUGCCUGGGAGGUAGAUCUUAAAGUACACGAGUUCUUGGUUCCUGCAACACUCCUUCAUCGCAGUACGCCUAGGAAACUUGGGACGUUUUCUUACGCAUCCUUUUGUGGAUCGAGAGAUCAAACUGAGGGCCCGGUGCUAGCGGCUUGGCUGACAUCAUUCGUCUGGUUCUUCUGAGACGGAGCUGAAACCCCAGGCUUGAGCACCUCCGGCAUGCAGGCUUCCAGCAGCGGGUCCGUGCACUUGAGUGAGUGGCAGAAGAAUUACUUUGCAAUUACAUCUGGCACGUGUACCGCAGGACAGAAGGCGGACGCAUACCGGGCACAGAUAUUACGCAUUCAGUAUGCAUGGGCAAACGCCGAGAUGUCCCCGGCCUGCGCCACCAGACUGUUCAGAAGAUAUGCAGAGAGAUAUUCUGCAGUUAUUGAUUCUGACAAUGUUGAGACUGGCUUGAAUAACUACGCGGAAAGCAUUUUAACCUUAGCAAGGUCUCAGCAAACCGACAGUGACAGGUGGCAGUCUGGAUUGUCAAUAAAUAAUGUUUUCAAAAUGAGUAAUGUGCAGGAGAUGAUGCAAGCCAGCAAGAAAUCCAGAGACUCUCUGUUGGCACCUGCUGAUGCAUCGGUUGUCAUCCAUCAAGAGGCUGUUGUCCUCGAUCCCCCUAAAUUGAGUGUGUGUGGGGGUUCUGGGGAGGGCUGCCCAUUAACUAACUCAGCGCAUGAUACCACCAGGACCCUGGACAUCCCAGAGGGCAGCCCUCCGAAGUGCCCUCAGAGUGCCCUGCCGCCUGCGCUGCCCAGCACUGGUAAGACCUGUCCCACGUCUGUAACACCGCUGGGUGACUUUGCCACCGCAAAGAUCCAUGCCACCCCGUUAUUUGGAAACGUCCGGAAGCACAGUAACAGCUCUCCGAAAGCCAACGUAGGACUAAAUGUGUUCUCGUCUAAUCAGUCUUGUUUGCCUUCCGUCUGCGAAGAUCCACGAGAGAGGAGAGCUUUUUAUGGUUCUGGCACCGUUGAUGCCCUUUCUGCCUCAAUGGUGAAUAAGGCUUUCAGUAAAACGGGAGAUAAUGGCCAAAGAGAAGAGGGUAGCUUGCCUACUUUUAAAACUGCAAAAGAACAAUUAUGGGUGGAUCAGCAAAAGAAGUACCAGCAAGCCCAGCGAGUAUCCGGGUCCUCAUACGGCGGCGUGAAGAAGUCUCUGGGAGCCAGCAGGUCCCGAGGGAUAUUUGGGAAGUUUGUUCCUCCUCUCCCUAAGCAAGAUGGGGGAGAUCAGAAUGGGGGAGUGCAGUAUAAGCCAUACAUCCCGGGACCCGCAGAGCCGGCACAUCCUGUUGAUGAGCGUCUGAAGAACUUGGAGCCAAAGAUGAUUGAACUUAUCAUGAAUGAGAUCAUGGAUCACGGCCCGCCAGUCAACUGGGAAGAUAUCGCAGGAGUAGAAUUUGCCAAAGCCACGAUAAAGGAGAUAGUCGUGUGGCCCAUGAUGAGGCCAGACAUCUUUACUGGCCUACGAGGACCCCCUAAAGGAAUUCUGCUCUUUGGGCCCCCCGGGACCGGGAAGACUCUGAUUGGCAAGUGCAUCGCAAGCCAGUCUGGGGCGACGUUCUUUAGUAUCUCCGCUUCUUCUUUGACUUCUAAAUGGGUGGGUGAGGGGGAGAAAAUGGUCCGUGCACUGUUUGCUGUGGCAAGGUGUCAGCAGCCAGCUGUCAUAUUCAUUGAUGAAAUCGAUUCCCUAUUGUCUCAACGAGGAGAUGGCGAGCAUGAAUCUUCUAGAAGGAUAAAAACCGAAUUCCUAGUUCAGUUAGAUGGAGCAACCACGUCCUCUGAAGAUCGUAUUCUAGUGGUGGGAGCGACCAAUCGGCCCCAAGAAAUUGAUGAGGCCGCCCGGAGAAGGCUGGUGAAAAGGCUUUAUAUUCCCCUCCCGGAAGCUUCGGCCAGGAGACAGAUCGUGAUUAACCUGAUGUCCAAGGAGCAGUGCUGCCUCAGUGAGGAGGAAAUCGCGCUGGUUGUACGUCAGUCCGACGGGUUCUCGGGAGCCGACAUGACACAGCUUUGCAGAGAGGCGUCUCUCGGGCCUAUUCGCAGCCUGCAGACUGCUGACAUCGCCACCAUAGCUCCCGAGCAAGUUCGACCAAUAGCUUAUGUUGACUUUGAGAACGCCUUGAGAACCGUGCGGCCUAGUGUGUCUCCUAAAGACUUAGAGCUUUACGAGAACUGGAACAGGACUUUUGGUUGUGGGAAGUAAAGGGACAAAUGGGACACUUGGAAUUUAGACAUGGCAUCUUUGGGAUGCAGCCUCUCCUGCUUUUUUAGCCUGGGAAACUGGGAAUUCAUUAGUCUUGCUUUGAGUGUCUAUUCUGAAUUCUACACCUCAAAUAAAAUAGCAUAACAGGAGCUCAGAUUUUACAGUUGAUUGACUUAGCCUGUGUUAAUGGAAGCUUUAGUGUUUGUCCAGAUGUUCCCUGAUUGCGAGCCUCUUCGUACAAAAUGUGAAGGAACAAACCGUUUCUUUGGUUUCAAAGCGGCCUUUCUUUUCAAGAUGUACAAUACGAUGAAUAGUGAGCUCAGAUUGAAACCAGAAAAUCUGUGUGUGUGAGGUGGCAUCUGAUGGGCACGUGUCUUCCGUUGAAGACAAGGUGUCUCCUGAAGCCCACGUAACCCUUUGUGUUGGCCGGUGUCGUGGUUUAUGUGGGACGCAGCUUUGCUCACUGCUGUUGAGUAGGUCUCCGAUCUCCCCAGACCCUGGGAUCAAAGUGCCAGUGUUUUGUUCUGGUUUGUGACCGCUUACAGCUUUCUUCCAUCACCUCUGUGUUCAGAAGUAGCCGGCACAAUCUAAUAAUCAGAGACGUAGCCGCAGAAUCAGAAGGUGAAGAAUGCCGUGUUUUUGCAGGGAGUAGUGAUGUUGGAAAUUAAUAUUUUAUUUGACCAUACUUCACAGCCCGUGGCAUCGGUCUCUCAAAAAUAAACGUUUUCAGAUUUU